UCGCUGUUUCUGGAGAAUUCGCGGACCGCCUUCUUCCGCUGGAGUCUUCGGGCCCGCAAUCUUAUUCCCCACGCCGCUUCCCUGAUCCCUAAUUCCCAUUCGAAUUUUCUAGCGAUCGAAAUAAUAGGCCGAUUCCGCUCCGUCGUCGUUUGCUCUUCUUCUCCCUCGUUGGUGGCGUUCGAUUCCUUCUCGAUUCCGUCGCAGGUGAAUUUUGUACUGAGAAAUAUGCAGAGGGGCAGAGGUGGGAGGGAUGACUUUUUGGGGUUCGGGGAUCCGUUUGCCGGAUUUGGUGGCUUUGGGAGACCCGGGAGCCUGAUCUCCAGCUUCUUUGGUGGGAGGGACCCCUUUGAUGAUCCUUUCUUCACUCGACCCUUCGGGAGCUUGAUGGGCCCAAGCAUGUUUGGACCCAGUAUUUUUGAUGACCGGAGGAGCUUCUUUGCACAAACAAGCAAUGCUCCAUUCCUGGAGCAAGCUCCCCCUCCUAAGCCGAAGGGGCCGAUUAUCAAAGAACUGUCAUCCGAUGAUGAAGAAGGAGGCGAAGAGAAGACUGAUAUGCUGAAGAAAGAUAAUCCAAGAAAACAUUCUAGGUCGAGUAAAGAACCGUAUGUUCAGGAUCCUGAUGAAGAAACUGAAGGUAUAGAAAAGAAAAGCAAGUAUAUGCAAUAUGGGAAUGAGUUUAGCAGGCCUAGUGCAUCGCAACCACAGGCUCGAAAUUAUACUUUUCAGAGCUCAACUGUGACUUAUGGUGGUCCAAAUGGAGCAUAUUAUACUUCUUCUACAACAAGGAGAAGUGGUGGUGAUGGAGUCACUGCAGAAGAGCAUAAGGAAGCCAAUGCAACUACGGGCAGAGCAACGCACAGGAUAUCUCGAGGAAUUCAUGAUAAGGGUCAUUCCUUAACAAGGAAGCUUAACUCAGAUGGGAGGGUUGAUACAAUGCAGACAUUACAUAAUAUGCAUGAAGAUGAGCUGGCUGGCUUUGAGGGCACAUGGAAGGGGAAUGCAAGACAGCACUUACCUGGAUGGAAUCCAGGGUUUGACAUGCUUGAUAAUGGCAACAUUGGGAAUGGGAGCAGGAGCAGCAUCAGGCAAGAUGAACAGUCAGCCAGGGGAUGGGCUCUUCCAUCAUCUGAAGGACCCUAUGAUUCAGCGAGGAUGAGGUCACGGCCCCAGACUGAUUCUUUCAGAGGGCGAGCCCUUUGAAUGAAGAGUUGAGGUUCCUCUUGGCAUUGUUAGGGUCAGAGCUGAAUUAAUCGUUUUUUCGGGCAGUUAGGAUGAAGGUUAAGGGUUCUGUUCUCCUUCUCAUGCGAGUUUUAGAUGGGUCUCUUGCUGUCCUUGUUAGGGCUUAUAAACUGUGGGGCAUUGUGUCGGUAAUUGUGGUACCGGCGAAAACUCUUAGCAUGUUGUGUUUGUGAGAUUUGCUUAAUUGAGACCAUUAGAUGAUAGAUCCUGUGGUGGCCUGUAAGGAGGUCUGCCUUCCUCUUUGCAUUACAGGGCAUCCGGAUGUUGAACAAACCACACGGUAUAAUGAAGUGGUAUGUAAGUGGAAAGGAUGUUUAGGAUUGCUUCUUGAAUGCUUCGUGCAUUGGAUGUAUUUUAGUUUAUACACAGCUCUCUGUGUUGACUGAUCCUUUGCCGGGUAAAUUUAAUAUGCUUGUAAAUAUCAA